CCCUCCUCGAAGGACAUUUCAAAGCACAUUUUCCAGAGCCGAAUUCAGGACAAGGACCAGACUCAAAUCAGAUCUCACUGCCCGUGCAAGAAAGACCCGGAGGAAUGGACUGGCUCCUUUUCAGGAACAUUUGCCUUUUGAUCAUUUUAAUGGUGGUGCUGGAAGUAAACAGUGAAUUUGUUGUUGAGGUGAAGGAAUUGGACGUGGAAAAUGGCACCGCAAAAUGGCAAACAGUCAGAAGACAGAAGCGGGAGUGGAUCAAGUUUGCUGCGGCCUGUCGAGAAGGAGAAGAUAACUCCAAGAGGAAUCCGAUUGCCAGAAUUCGAUCAGACUGUGAAGUGAAUCAGAAGAUUACAUACCGCAUCUCUGGGGCAGGAAUUGAUCGACCGCCCUAUGGAGUGUUCACCAUUAACCCUCGGACGGGGGAAAUUAACAUCACUUCAGUGGUGGACCGAGAAAUAACACCACUUUUCUUGAUUUAUUGCCGGGCCCUGAAUUCACGGGGUGAAGACUUAGAAAGGCCUCUUGAGCUUCGAGUCAAAGUUAUGGACAUAAAUGAUAACCCCCCAGUCUUUACACAAAAUGUGUACACAGCCAGCAUUGAAGAAAACAGCGAUGCAAACACCCUGGUGGUAAAGCUAAGUGCCACAGAUGCAGAUGAAGACAAUCAUCUGAAUUCUAAAAUUGCCUAUAAGAUCGUGUCUCAGGAGCCAGCGGGCUCACCAAUGUUCAUCAUGAACAGGUACACUGGAGAAGUGCGCACGACGUCCAAUUUCCUCGACAGAGAGCAACACAGCAUGUAUAACCUCCUCGUGAGGGGCUCAGAUCGGGAUGGAGCUACGGAUGGACUGUCUUCAGAGUGUGACUGCAGAAUCAAGGUUUUAGACGUCAACGAUAAUUUCCCCACUUUGGAGAAAACUUCUUACUCAGCGAGUAUCGAAGAGAAUUGUUUAAGUUCGGAACUGAUCCGAUUUCAAGCAAUUGAUCUUGACGAAGAAGGCACUGACAACUGGUUGGCAAAAUAUUUAAUUCUUUCUGGAAAUGAUGGGAAUUGGUUUGAUAUUCAAACAGACCCACAAACCAACGAAGGCAUUUUGAAAGUCGUCAAGACGCUGGAUUAUGAACAAGUGCCUAAUAUUCAUCUUAGCAUUGGAGUUAAAAACCAAGCUGAGUUUCACCACUCGGUUGCCUCUCAAUUCCGAAUGCACUCAACCCCUGUGAGAAUUCAGGUUGUUAAUGUGAGAGAAGGACCCGCAUUUCAUCCAAAUUCUAUGACAUUCAGUGUGCGAGAAGGAUUGAAAGGAAAUUCCUUAUUGAAUUUUGUGCUUGGCACAUACACAGCUAUAGAUUUGGAUACAGGAAAUCCUGCAACAAAUGUCAGGUAUAUCAUAGGACAUGAUGCAGGCAACUGGUUAAAAAUAGAUUCAAGGACUGGCGAGAUACAAUUUUCUAGGGAAUUUGAUAAGAAGUCAAAAUAUAUUAUCAAUGGGAUAUACACAGCAGAGAUCCUGGCUAUAGAUGAUGGCUCUGUAAAAACGGCCACCGGAACCAUAUGUAUCGAAGUUCCUGAUGUCAACGAUUACUGCCCAGUCAUUGUUGCUGAGAGAGAAAACAUCUGCAUUGCCUCUCCCUCCAUCCUCAUCUCUGCUGCAGACGUUAACAGUCACUCUUAUGGGUCUCCCUUUACCUUCUGUGUUGUUAAUGAACCCCCAGGGACAGCGAACAUUUGGGAUAUCAGAUCAGUAAAUGCUACCUCUGCAAUCCUGAAAGCUGAGCAGACUUUAUAUUCUGGAUACUAUGAAAUCCCAAUCCUAGUAAAGGACAGUUUUAACAGAGCAUGCGAAUUGCCGCAGAUCAUAGAGUUAAGGGCCUGUGACUGUGACAUCAACCACAUGUGCUUGUACCCGGGUACCACAGACAUCAGUACCGGGGAUGGUAGCUCUGUCACCAGUGUAUCUGUCACUGACGACCAAACUGAGGCUUCAAAUGUUGGUAUGGGAUCAACAGGGAUUGGCAUGAUCACUACGGGCAUCUUACUGCUGCUUCUGGCACCGCUCUUGCUGCUCCUGUGCUGCUGCUGCAAACGAAAACAGCCAGAAGGGCUGGGGACGAGUUUUGCUCCUGUGCCUGAGGGGGGAGAAGGAGUGGUGCAAUCCUGGAGAAUAGAAGGGGCCCAUCCCGAGGACAGGGAUGUGUCCAACAUAUGUGUACCAAUGACAGCCACUAAUACCCAGGACCGUAUGGACUCCUCUGAAAUCUACACUAACACCUACGCAGGUGGAGGAACGGUUGAAGGGGGUGUCUCGGGAGUGGAGCUCAAUACUGGUCUGGGGGCGGCCGCUGGCCUGGCUGCCGGGGGAGCAGCGGGCACCGUGGGGAGGAGGAGCUCGGCGGUGGGCAUCCAGCGGGACUAUGGGGACACCGGCCUGAACCUGGCUUUCCUGGACAGCUAUUUCUCUGAGAAAGCAUAUGCUUAUGCAGGAGAAGAUGAAGGCCGCCCCGCAAACGAUUGUUUGCUCAUUUAUGACCACGAAGGAGUAGGGUCUCCUGUGGGCUCCAUUGGUUGUUGCAGUUGGAUUGUGGAUGAUUUAGAUGAAAGCUACAUGGAAACUUUAGAUCCGAAAUUUAAGACUCUUGCUGAGAUCUGCUUAAACACAGAAAUUGACCCAUUUCCCUCACAGCAGUCCUGUAUCCCCAUCAGCACUGAUCUCCCUUUACUUGGACCAAACUACUUUGUUAAUGAAUCUUCAGGAAUGACUGUCUCAGAGGCUGAAUUCCAAGAAGAAAUGGCAAUACCUGAACCCGUGAUGCACGGGGAUAUUGUAGUGACCGAGACUUACACUACUGCUGAUCCAUGCGUGCAACCCACUGCGACUGUCUUUGAUCCUCAGCUUGCACCCAAUGUUGUAGUAACGGAAACAGUAAUGGCACCUGUCUACGAGGUUCAAGGGAAUAUUUGUGUCCCUGCUGAGUUAGCCAACACACACAACGUAAUCUAUGCUGAGAGAGUGGUGUCUAGUCCUGGUAGGCCUGACGUGAGCAGCAGUAGCAUGAGUGAUGGUUGUAGGGGACCUGUGAUGAGUGGUGGCAUUUUGGUAGGGCCAGAAAUUCAAGUGACACAAAUGGUGAGUCCAGACAUUCGCAUAAGCCAAACUAUUGGUUCCACAUCCCCAGUGACGUCUCGACACAGAGUCACACGGUACAGUAACAUACAUUACUCCCAACAGUAAGUGUUUUAUGGUCAAUACUCUCUAUGGAGACCAUGCACCUUGCAAUCACCAACAUGUCCAUCAAAGAUGCUCAGUGUACCAUAUUUAACAUUUUAAGUCAACAACUGUUCAAAAAUUCUAAAUUCAGUGAGAUUCUUUGGUUAUAUCUUUUGGGGCAUAAUAUCGCUAAGCACUUUAGACAAGCCUUUAAUUUUUUUUCUGAUUUUAAAUUAUGUGCCAAAAAAACUUAAAGAAAAUGUUACAUCCUUUGAUACUGUCUAAUAAAUAGCACAUAAUUCAUACAGUGAA